AUGCUUAGGAGUCAUUGUACCAAUGAUGAUCCUCCUCUCUCUGUGGAUGUGAACAGUGAUGAUGAAUGUGUGGAUUUAUCUUCAGAGACGUCUUCCUUCACCCGCCGGCCACUACGCACACUUGGAUGGGAUUUGAUACUCGCAGAGGAACAUUCCGCACAGACCAAUACUCUUAAUAAUAAUAUUAAUAAUAAUAAUAAUAAUAAUAAUAAUAAUAAUAAUAAUAAUAAUAAUAAUGACAAGGGGAAUAGUAUGAGUGAGGGAAGGAGAAGUGAGAGUAAUAAUAGGGAUACGGCUAUUAUCCAUACAAGAGAAACAACAGGAAUGAGAUUAGACAUACCCAUACAGAAUAGAGAUAUAUCUUCUGUCAAUCCACAUAUUAUGUAUACACCUACCAAAGCCAUACCAACAACAAUAAUAAGAGGAAGAGAGAAAGAGAUUAUUCCACCACUACAGACAUUAGAAGAUAUUCCACCAGCAUGGACGAUGCCAACAUUCAAAAGAGAUAAUACUAUUAAUAAUAAUAAUAAUAAUAAUAAUAAUAAUAAUAAUAAUAUUAACAGUAUGACUAAUGACAAUAAGAAGAAUAACUGGAAUGUGGGAUUGCCGGGUGGAGAGUUAUUUCGACUGCAAGAGAUAUUCCCUCUUCUUGGCAGUCAACGUCCAUCCCAUGAAAGUUCACUAACAACUCCAACUCCAAUAAUAAUAAAUAGAAAAGAAAGAAAAGGAAAAGGAAUUCCAGCAGAGACGAUGAAGUUUGGGCCGUUUAAUCAACAGGAGCCAACAGAGAAGAUCUCCACAGUUCCUCUGCGGGAGUCCACACCACUCAUCUCAACAAGUGUGGGGGGCCCAUGGGUGAAGAAGGCGACUCUGCAGGAAAAUGCGGUGGAGGUGUUUUCAUGGGAAGGUAUCAUUCAAGCAUCUCAAACAGGAAAUAUAGAAGAAGAAGAAAAGGAAAAAGAAGAAAAGGAAGAAAAGAAAAAAGAUGUACACAAUAGAAUGAGAGAAAGAUCUCCUCAACCUUUUUUUUCACAACAACAAGAACAAGAACAGAAGCCAAAGAAGGAUCUGUAUAGGAAUGAAUCACUACAUUCUACAAUGGGAGGAGUCAUUAAAUAUCGAUCAAAUGAUAAUAAUAAUAAUAAUAAUAAUAAUAAUAAUAAUAAUAAUAAUAAUAAAAUACAAAUUCCAUCAUCACCUCCACGAGAAGAUAUGGAAGCCACAGUUCAUGCCGUGAAAGUAAUGCAGCGUACGGCAGAUGAACUCGCACAUCGUGUACUUAUGGCUGAACGUGAACUUGCGGAUGAAUACAUAGAGUCUACUACACUGCGUGAGGAUCUCAUGUCUAGCUUAACAACAGCAGAGUCUCUCCUGCAAGAGAAGAUGAAGACUCUGCGCAAACUUCGACUUGAAAAUGAAAGACUUCGAAAACUUCUGGGAGAUUAA